AUGGCAGAUGAAGGGCAUAAUCGAGCCUUAUACGUGACAGGUUUUAUCAAAGACUCUGAAUUCAAAAGGGCUCUCGUUGAUACAGGCGCUUCCAUAAAUAUCAUUACCAUGAAGACUCUUAAAGCAUCCAAAUUCCCACAGAAUAAAAUUAUUCGCCAUCCCAUCUUGACGACGGGAUUUGAAGGAAGCCAGAUCCAUAUAUAUGGAUAUGCAUACAUAGACCUGAAGGUAAGGCCUAUUCAAUCAAAAGCCAAAUUUCAUGUGAUCGAACAAGAGCCUGAUUACCACAUGAUACUUGGAAGACCAUGGAUCCAUGAAAAUAAAGUGGUUCCUUCAACAUACCAUCAAUGCAUGAAGGCUCUGCUCAAUAACAAGAUUGUUUGUAUUGCAGCUUCGUCAUCUACUUACGCUCUGGUCUAUGACGCUGAAUUCCUUGAGUCUCAAAAGGACAUCCCUGAACCUCCAAGGAAGAUCUACAGUACUACACUCCCGAUCUGGGAAUCCAUUGAAAAAGCUGCUAACAAACCAUCACCGUCAGGCACUAAACUGAUUAAGUCAUUUGCUACACCAGUCAAGCGCCGUAAAGAUCAGGAUACAAUGCCAAGAUCCAACUUCAUAGCCAGUCAUGAUGCAUAA